AUGACUGCCCCUCCACGGGUGAAGGCCAAGAAGGGAGUGAACCUGCAGCAGACCCGAUCGCUGAGCGCUCAGUGUAAGGUGGACUGGGAGGUCCAGUCCGGGGCCAAACACUCCAUCAGCACCAUCCAGGUCAGCCGGAACCGAGGGGCCAAGCCGGGGGAGGCCCAGGGCAGUCUGGAGCUCAUGCAGCUGGACUUCGAGAUGGAGAACUUCACCAGCCUGUCAGUCACCCGCCGGAUCAACUGGAACGUGGACUACCGAGGCCAGAGUCCCGCCCCCGACUCGGACAAAGUGGUGACCGAGUUGACCGUGGUGCAGAAGGACAUCCAGGCCAUCAUCCCCAUCGCCAUGGACACAGAGAUCAUCAACACGGCGGUGCUGACCGGUCGCACUGUGGCCAUCCCCGUCAAGAUGGUGUCCAUCGAGAUGAACGGGGGAGUCACCGACGUGUCCGCCUUUGUCCAGUGCAAGUCCACCAACGAGGACAUCGUCAAGCGGGCCCUGGCUCACAUGGCUCCGUCACGUUUUCUUCUGGUUCCUGCUGGUUCCUGCUAG